AUGAUCUCCGACAUAGCAUAUAAGAGGAAUAAUGGAAUUUUGGGAGUGGUGGUGAAGGACUAUGAUUCCGAAACCUUACACUCGAGGACGAAACCACGGUACAGUGGCAGCAGAGUGGGAGGAGGACAACAUUUUGUUUUUGGUAACCACCGCCGAUUUGUUGGGGGAGGCUGGGGUGUUAUUGGAAAAUCAGGGAGCAUUAUAAAGGCCAUUAGGCAGCAUACUGUGGCGUGGAUUAAUGUGUACAAGCUGAUUCCUGGUGAUGAAGAGAGAAUUAUUGAGAUUUCAGAUACAAGGAGACGGGACCCUGAUGGUUGGAUGCCUGCAUUCUCGCCUGCUCAAGAGGCGUUGUGGUGGUGGUGGGAGGAGGCGGUGGUGGUUGUUUUUAAGGGAUAG